ACUGACCACCAAGCAAAACCAAAGUGCCUCUUGAAACAUAAAAUUAAGAGACUGCUCUGGCUAAAGGGUUUGAAGGUAGAGAGAAGACAAAUCAUCAAGAAGAUAAUUGGUUGAAUUUGUGUGAAGCUGAAGAGAAUAUCUUUCUGAAUUAGGGUUUGCACUCAGAUCUAAACCCUGUAACAGAUGUGAAAGCUGAGAUCUGUAUGUUGCCCAAUCCACUUAUGAAGAAUCUCAUAUGUGCACAUGCAAUUGGUGUCAACAAAUCCUAAACAAAGUCUUUGUAAUUCAGUGUAAGUGGUGGAGGAGAUGAUGAAAGGUUUGAUGGGGGAUGAGAAUAUGUCCAAUUUGACCUGUGCAUCUGGUGAUUUAAGUGCUUCCAAUUCAAGUAUCAGAAAUGAGUCAUCAUCAGCUGGCACACUGUACCCUCAGCAGCAAUCCUCAUCAGCAAAUGAUAUUCAGCAGCAGCAGCCACCACCGCCAAAGAAGAAGAGAAAUCUUCCAGGCAACCCAGACCCAGAUGCUGAAGUGAUAGCCUUGUCUCCCAAAUCACUCAUGGCAACUAAUAGAUUCUUAUGUGAGAUCUGCAACAAAGGGUUUCAGAGAGAACAGAACCUUCAGCUUCAUAGAAGAGGGCACAAUUUGCCAUGGAAGCUAAAACAAAGGACAAACAAGGAGGUGAGGAAGAAGGUGUAUCUGUGCCCAGAACCAACAUGUGUCCACCAUGACCCAUCAAGGGCACUUGGGGACCUCACUGGGAUCAAGAAGCACUUCUGUAGAAAGCAUGGUGAGAAGAAGUGGAAGUGUGAAAAAUGCUCAAAGCGCUAUGCGGUUCAGUCAGAUUGGAAAGCUCACUCCAAGAUCUGUGGCACAAGGGAGUACAGAUGUGACUGUGGAACCCUUUUCUCUAGGAGGGACAGCUUCAUCACCCACAGAGCCUUCUGUGAUGCUUUAGCACAAGAGAACAGUACAAGCACUGCAGCUAGAUCAGCAAUGCCAGCUUCAAUAAACCCUCUUCUCUCCUCUCUUCCCCAACUCCAUACCCAUGGCCUCCAAGGUCUCUCAGUGAAGCGAGAGCAAGACCAGCAGCAGCUACUUCCUCCAUGGCUCUCUUGCUUGCCCGAAGGCGAAGCCACCGCUCCAUCCGGCCUUCCUUCCAUGAACAUGUCCUCACCAUUAUUCUCCACUUCCUCAUUCCAGCAAUAUUAUUCUUUUGAUCAUCAAAACCCUAACCCUAGCAGCAGCUCCACCACCACACUCCCUGAUUUCCAGCAAUCCCAUACAGCUUCUCCUCACAUGUCUGCCACUGCUUUGCUUCAAAAGGCUUCAGAGAUGGGUGCCACAAUCAGCAAACCCUCCCAUUCCCCAAUGUUUCUCAAGCCACCCAGCCACCAAGCUCACGUGUCCAACGAAGCAUUCGAUGAUGGGUUUGGGAACAAUGAUAAUAAAUCUUCUCUUUUGCAUGAUAUGAUGAUGAUGAGUAAUAGCUUUGGAGAUCAACAAGUUUCAUCAGCGUUUGGAGAUCAUCACCAGGCUUUCAAUGGGAUUAUGGUGGACGGUAAUAAUAAUUUCGUUGAGAUUAACAAUAAUAAUAAUAAUAAUAUUAAUCCUCCGAAGAAUUACAAAAGCAUGGAAUUAGCCCAACUUGGGAGGAGCGGUACUGAUAACAACAAUAACGAUGAGGGCUUAACAAGAGAUUUCUUGGGUCUUCGAGCACCAUUUUCUUCAUCCGCGGCGGCGGCAGCAGCAGCAUCCCAUGGUCAUGGGGAUUUUUUCAAUAUUAAUAUGGCCGGGCUUGAUCACCAUGUCAAUUCUUCUUCUUCUUCAGCUUACAAUGGACAGCCGAGUGAUCACCAGAACCAAACAUCAUGGCAAGGUUAGCUUAUAUAUCUAUGUAUAUUUGGAUAUCAUGGGCUUCUUUGAUCAGUUGAUAUUGAUCAUUUUUAGCAUGUAGUCAUUUUCCUUCCCUUGUAGAGAGAGAGCGAGCAAUUACAACCUAUCUGGUUAAUAUGCUAUUUUGAAUGGUGCUCGAAAGCUUGCA